AUGACCUAUAUUGACCCAACAUGGCCGACGCUGGGACUGAUGGAGGGAAGUCGAAGAACAAAAACCGGCGAAGGAGAGAAAAAGAGAAGAAGAAGAAACAACAUCAAGGAGCUACUACAUCAGGAGCACAAGAUGAGGACGUGGAAGAGGAGUCUCCUGUGGCCAGGUUUGAGAGAGAACUGGCCUGGUGUGUGGAUCAGCUAGAAGCAGGUCUACAAAACAUGAAGCCAGACGAAAAACAAAUGAAAGACACUAUGAAGAUUCUGCAUACCCUGAAGUCCCCCAAGGCUUCCAUGCCCAAGAAGCGACAGAUGAUGUGGGCCGUGUUCGGUGACUACAGGAAGAAGAUUCUUGAAGAGGAACGGAAGAGUAAGCAAGCAAUCAAGAGGAUGAAACUGGAGCCAGCCACUCAACAGACAGACAGUGGUCGGUUCUUCAGAAAGUCUACUGCGAAUAAAGGGACAUGUUUUCUCUUCAGUUCUGAGGGCUCUCCUGAAGAAAGGCCUCAAUCUGAGGCAGAAGUCAAUGUGACAUUUGAAUCAUCUGAUGCCGAAUUCAAGUUUAACUUUCCUGUGGACAAUUCAACAUCUAAUGGUGAACAGAUUGGAAAUGCCAAUGAUGAGAACCUUGCUGGAAAUAUAGAAGAGGGUUCAAAUGUCAAAGUAGUCUCUUCAGAUGGUCAACCCUUCCAAUUCAACUUUGCUGGCUUGAAAAUAGAGCCUGAUCCACAGGAGGCAUCCAGCAGUUAGUUAGCUAAGAAAGAAAUUGAACAAAAAGAAAACUUUGAGGCAAGUUUUCAGUAUUUUUCUUUGUUAAGAUAUUAGCUAACAGCAUCUAUGACAAUAAUACCAAGUAGAGAAUGUGGAGAAAAAUCACACCACAAAGUGUGUAGUAGUUUUAAUUUUUCUUUCAUAACAAUUACAGUUGACUUGCAUAGAGGACAACAUUGUCACGAGAACAGGACUUGUGUGUAAGAAUCACGUUAACUAGACGCACCUGAAUUAUAGCACAAGUUACAACAAGUUUCACUAGAAGACAGAAUCACAACAGACCCAGUACAAUACAGACUCUGUCCUCUGCAAGUUGUAGACUGGAGUUUUCUGUACACAACAGAAGUAGUUGGAAACUGCCCUUAUCUUACUUGAAAUGUGCACUCGUACUGUCUUAGGUACAGUUUCCAUUUAGACCUACAUGUAUCUUCAUGCAAGCAUCUUGCACAAUAGUGACUUGUUAAUAGAACAUUUACUCUA